AUGGUGACUUCUAGCAGCAGCGGUUAUGAUUAUUAUUAUUCUUCUAGCUCUUUAGAAGAGGAUUCCAAGACUUUUGUAGCCAAAUCUCGAGCCAAGACGGAUCAUGUUAAGGAAAUGAAACACAACAUGUUUCUUAACGACCAUAAAGUUACUCGUGAUGAACUCUUGAAGAGAAAAGCCGAGGAUGAGACGUUAGCUAAUUAUCGACAAAGGAGGGACCGAUUCCAGUGCAGAAAGUUAGCAGCUGAGGAGAAACUUCGAUCUCAUGCUGACGGUGUAGCUUCGGAUUCAGAUGCUUCGGAAGACGAACCCGUUGACCCUGAUGAGAGACCGGACUUCUUCAAUGAUCCUAGUGACUCUGAGGAAGAACUUGAUAAGGAUUCUUCGAAAGACAAUAAUGAUGAAGAAUCUGAUUAUUCUGAUAAAUCUGACGAUUACGACGAAUCUGAUGCAUCUGAUGAUUAG